UUUAAUUUUGUCAGAAUUUGAUAUAGAAUUUAGAAAAUAUUUGAAUAAUUUUUGUUUUACAAAAUUUUGUUUCUGUAAUCUUUUUUAAAUAGAUUAGUCAGAAUUCGUUACGUAAAUACAUAAAUAAUAAUUGUUUUUGUUUACUUCGAGAAGUUUAACAUUGCCUGGCAUGAUAAUUAGAUAGCUAUGACAAAAACCUGUAUUAGAGCUGGUCAUCUCUUGUACUUUUGAAUGGAGAUUCUUGACACAAGGAAGAUGCAGUGCUGCGUGCCUUUCUGCAAAACUACUUCGAAGAAUGUGAUGACGACAGCUAAAGGAACAACUUUUCAUGAAGUACCUAGUGAAGAACAUCUCCGCACUGCUUGGCUCCGAGCCCUCAGCAUACAGGAGCAUGACCUGCCUGACCCUGCUGUGGUGUGCUCACAACAUUUUCUAGAUGAUGACUUUUAUGAAACAAACAGUUGUGUGAGACAGAUUCGAUCUAAUGCUAUUCCUUCAACAGUGCAGAUGUGCAUGAUAUGCCUGGACACCGGCAGCAAGCUGGUACUCAUGACUAAACACAGGCUAUUGCAGGAGGCAUAUGACCAGCUUACUGGAUUGUCUUUGUUUCAGUUGUGUCGUGGAGGAAACCUGAAGCAAACACUCUGUGUGAUGUGUGCUCAGAGAUUGAUUAACUUCAGCGGAUUUAGAGACUUGGGCUUGAGAGCCCAUUCACUGUUGACAGACUUGGUUGAACAACAUGAAUUAAUUACUUUACAACACAAAGAAGUGAUGAAUAAAGCAGCAAAACAUAGCAUGUUUAAUUUGACACAAACAACAUUAUCAGCUAAUCACUGCGACUUGUACAUAAAUCACACUGAUGAGGAACAGCCACCGGCAGAGGAAUCUGUUGUUGUCAAGAUAGAAGACAUGUCUGAAUCAAUAAUGAUUAGUGAUCACUUGUUAGUAAAAGAUGAAUAUAAGGGAGACAAUUAUAAGUAUUGUGUUUCUAUUGACGAUUGCUCUGCUAGCAUAAAGGUGGAAACACACUCACCGGAUGAUGUAAAUGUAAAGGUUCCUGAUAAAGCGGCUGUUUCUUCGACAGCAGUUGCAGUACAUGUCCCCAGAGUACAGGAUCGGAUGAAGAGUGAAAGUGUUACCUUUGGAUGUACUCUUUGUGUUGAAGAUUUUGUUGAAGAGAACACAUACAAUGAACAUAUGAGCAAGCAUCUUAAGGACGCUGGCAGUAACACUGCAUGUGAUGCAUCACAAGUGUGCGAGCCUCGUGCAGCUGUGAGCCGCAGCGGUGACUCACUCGUGCUGCAGAACAAGUCAGUAUACAACGACGCUGCAUGUGAUGCAUCACAAGUGUGCGAGCCUCGUGCAGCUGUGAGCCGCAGCGGUGACUCACUCGUGCUGCAGAACAAGUCAGUAUACAACGACGCUGCAUGUGAUGCAUCACAAGUGUGCGAGCCUCGUGCAGCUGUGAGCCGCAGCGGUGACUCACUCGUGCUGCAGAACAAGUCAGUAUACAACGACGCUGCAUGUGAUGCAUCACAAGUGUGCGAGCCUCGUGCAGCUGUGAGCCGCAGCGGUGACUCACUCGUGCUGCAGAACAAGUCAGUAUACAACGACGCUGCAUGUGAUGCAUCACAAGUGUGCGAGCCUCGUGCAGCUGUGAGCCGCAGCGGUGACUCACUCGUGCUGCAGAACAAGUCAGUAUACAACGACGCUGCAUGUGAUGCAUCACAAGUGUGCGAGCCUCGUGCAGCUGUGAGCCGCAGCGGUGACUCACUCGUGCUGCAGAACAAGUCAGUAUAAAGCAACACUAGUGUCAUGACACAACACUGCUUGUGCACUACAUCCCAGCUCAGACUCACAUUCUUCUGCUGUU